CCCCCUCGAUAUGACAUCACCACCGGGCAGAGCAGCAAGGAGUGGUUGAGUGAAUGCAACCAGAUCCAAAUCAAUGGAACACACUUGCGCACUUUGAUAAACCCCGAUAGAGCCAUUUCAAGCCAGCAAAACACACCGUUAUCUUCACACUCAGCGGGACGUCGUGUUCCUGAACGCAACAUCGACUGGACUGGAAAGACAACGCCGACGCCACUUUAGUAGUUUUUCUCGUCUUUGUCCAUACCAUGCGUCACGCCUGACGAAGUUUUGCCGCUGUUCAAAUCCACCCUGGGAUCACCACUAUGACCCUGCCGCUGCUGCUGCUGUCUGCCAUGCUGGCCGUCCAAGCUGUUGCCCAGAUGGAGGUGCUUGUCCCCGACCAGCCCAUGGUGGCGUUGCACGAUACGGACGUCAUCCUAAACUGCUCCUUCAGCCCCGCUGGCUCAUUCAACGCAUCUGACGUGACAAUCUUCUGGCAGCUGACCGACACCAAGCGCAGCGUGUACGGAUACAGCGAAGGUCGCGAUCAGCUGGCUGACCAGGCCGAACGCUUCGUCAACCGCACCGGCCUGUUCCCUCACGAGCUGGGCCGGGGCAACGCCUCGCUGUUCCUGAGGAAGGUGGUGGUGGCUGACGAAGGCAGCUACACUUGCUUUGUCAGAGUCCGAGAAUACGGCAGCGCCGCUUUGUUUCUUCAGGUGGCCGCCCCUUACUCCAAGCCCAUUGUGACCUUGGAGCCGGAAUCUAACCUUCGGCCGGGUGAAGAGGUGGCCCUCACUUGCGUGGCUUACGGAGGCUACCCAGAAGCCGAUGUCAUAUGGCAGGACGGCGGUGGCCGCAACCUGACCGACAAUGUCACCACUUCGGUGGUGGCUAACGAGGAGGGUCUGUUCUCCCUGACCAGCGUGCUGACGGUCGUGCUGGAACCCAACAGCACCUACAGCUGCAGACUCAUCAACCCAUUGCUAGGGGAGGAGGGGAAUGCCUUCGUCACCAUCACGGGACAGAACCUCUCCUUCCCCCCCCGUGGCGCUGUGGGUGACCGUCGGCCUGGCCGUGUGCCUGCUGGUCUUGCUCGUGGCGCUGGCCGCCGUCUGCCGCAGGAAGAUCAAGGAGAGCUGUGAGGAGGCCAGGAGAGAAGCUGAAGAGGCCAAGGAACUCGAAGAAGAAGAGUCAAAGACAGCUAUGACAUUACUGACGAGCUAAGGCCGAAGACAACGAAGGGGGUUUCAGCCGGGCAGCCGAAAUGAAAAGAGUCAGGCGGGUAAUUCUACUCCAACUAUCAGAAUCCAUCUACCUGAUGACUGUUUUCGGCAUCCUUUGUGAACUAUAACGGUGUCCUCGUCACAGCCCGGGCGAAAGACAAGUGCAACAUCGUCAACGUCUUCGCGUGUGAAUCUCCCUCGAGUGGCCAUCACACACAUCACACGUAACUAUGUGCUCAAGCCCUUCCUGGCCUGGUCCACCAGCAACCACUGUGAAUGCAAUACAGUUGGUCAUUUUCAAUACAAAAGACCGAUUUUAAAAAAGCAAAAAACAUGUUAGAUCUUUUUUAAGUUGCCUCUCCCAUUAGAGAAGAGCAUUAUUCUCGCGCUCACUAAUUAGCGUCUGUUUCCCUGGUAACCACUAUCUGUCAGCGCCUGCUCUCGGUCCCCCCUCUGCUAUCUCCUGGAAGUGGAAGUGAUUGUAAUUGAAUGCCGGCUAAGCUCUGGCAAACUGCAAAUGGUGCAUGGGACACAGCCCAACAGCCUUGUAUAACGCAUUGUUUUCAAUGAACGCGAGACUACAGCCGGUUGCUUGAAAUUGUCAGUGAGAUGUGGGGUUUCACCUUCUAGGUUUACAAGAGUUUUCUCUGUGCCAAAGGUUUAAGUAGGAAUGCCAAAAUUGUGCCUAUUUGUAUCAGAGAUACAGCCUUACUAUACAUGGACUUUUUUUCAUACAAAAGCUUGACUGACCUUUUUUUCAUUAAAAAAAAAAGUCUUACAAUA